AUGUCCGCGGUCCAGACAUCUGUGGUGAGUGGAGAACACGGUCUCCUCCGCGGACAGCCGGCGAAGUCUUACGGCAGCUUGGUGACCUCGUCUGUAUCACCAGUCCGACAAAAACUAGUCCAACACAAAGUCCAACCGGGAGAAACUUUACAAGGAUUGUCCCUAAAAUACGGCGUGUCUAUGGAGCAAAUCAAAAGGGCGAACAGACUGUACACCAACGAUUCAAUAUUCCUGAAGAAGUUCCUCUCCAUCCCUGUCUUAACAGAGUCUCUGUCAUUCACUAAUGAGAACGAAUUGCGUGAAGAGAAAUCAAGUCAUCACUAUGAACAGGUCCCUGAUGAGAACAGCCAAAUAGUCUCAGAAAGUCAACAAGUGACUGCUGAUAUUUCUCCAUCAGACUACUUGAAAAGGAUGGAUAGCUUGAUUAAUCAGUCGAAACGAGCAGCCAUAAAGACUUGUCAAGAAGGAAACAAGCAGUUUUCUUCCACAGAACAGGUCCGGUACAACAGUCAGGACUCCUGCAGCUCUUCUCAGGUUCAGCAGGCCAUGUUGGGCUCUGUGCCACUCACCAUCACCAAACGUACAAAGAAACUGAGGGACAGAGAGGAUGAGAUUUUUCAGCUCUGAUGCUGGCUUUUUUUUUUUUUUUUUUUUAACAGAACUGCCUGAUUAGUGUAAAGUGUUUACGUGCAUAGGAGCAAAUGAAAAGUACGGAUGUUGGAUUGAUUUCACUGAAACAAAAAGGACUGCUGAUUUCUUCCGACUGCAAGAACUGUGAUAACUCGAUGAAUGAUGUGUAGUGGAAUUGAUGUGCACUCCCACCUGACUGGGUGUGCUAAUAUGGCAUCAGGUCAUGUGCCAUGGUGACAUCCUAGCCUAAUUGUUUACUGAGCACAAACGAGCACUGGUUAUGUCUUUGGGUUAAGCUGCAUAGUUGACACAUUUACAUUUGCUGAAAACGGAUCAGCAGUGUGGUUCAAAUCAGAAUUUGAAAAUAUAAGCUAUAUACUUGACCUGCAGAACAAAUUCAAUGUCUAAGCCAAGUUUAAAAUAAUCUCUCAUGGGCACUUUAUAAAUUUACCUUGAUUUCUUAAGCAGUCUUAUGAUUUUGUUCUCAUGUUGAAUGUGAUACUGCGUAUUUUGUUUUGUUCAGGUAGCUGCUACACUGUCAGGGCGUUAUUUCACUAAGCAGGAUGGCUCAGUUAGACAAGUUUAAGCCAAAAGAAAAGCAGUCUGUAGCAUUCCCGGCUCAUUAAGUAAUCCUCUCUGAAACACCAUCUUAAUGUCAUCUUAAUUAGUGAUGUCACCAAACAUCGCCUAGAUGCGAGAAUCCUGCCUUCUUAAUCACUGUGCGUCAGCACUGACUGCUAGGUUGUAUGGACUGGUUUCUAUGUUUGUCAUUUAAAAAAAAAAGUACUUUAUAUAAUAAUGCCUGGUGUUUAGUGGUCAUAUAGGUUUGAACAGGAUGUAGCCUUUCUUUAUAUAUGUAGACAGUAGUUAAGACUGAUCAUGAACAGCAAUGCCAACUUCCCAAGUGUAAUCAGUGUACUGUUUGUAUUAGGAGUGUAACACAGUGGCCCAUCUCUACCUGUUUAUCCAUAUCUGUAUUUGGACUUAAACUCGAAAUGG